AUGGGUUGUUGCUUGUCCACUUCGCGUGACAACCGCUCCGCAUAUGCAACCCAGACAGCCACCGAAGAGCGCCGUCCGGAUGCGUCCUCUCGCGGGGUGAAUUCAACCACCGCCGCCACUAUCCCUUCUAACUCGGCGCGUGUCGUCAUUCGUUCCUCCCCGGAUCAUCUCCCGCUGAAUGAGAAUUUCAACGCCCCUAUCCGCCGUCAUGUCUGGUAUAGCAAGCGCCGACUGUGGAAUCGUGCGCAGUUGGAUCAGGAGCGCAAGGAGUUCUUCGAGACGCGGGUGACGGGUAAACCUGAGAUCUGGGCCGCGCUGUCUGCGGCGAUUUCGCUCAUGCAGACAGGUGAUCUCACCACGGCUCAGAGCAUCAUUGACGCUGCCGGAGUCACGGUGCCUACGGGCGAUCUGUGUCAGGGUGUCUAUGAUGAGCAAGGGGUCCUCUAUAGGUUGCCACAAUGCAUUGUGAGCGAUCCAGAGAAUUUGGUGAAAUCCAACCUCGAAGAGGAUGAUUUCGACACCGACGACGACAAGCUGUCAUUAGACGAGGAAUCGGGAGACGAACUUAUCGCCGACGAUGCCGAGCGUCGCAGAGAUGAGAAGGGCAAGGUCAGCGAGCGGGACUUGAUCCGUGUGAAAGCACGACUAAGCGAUAGGGGCGGGCCUGACAUGGUCGUCACUGUCGGAAAAACGCAGAAUGUUGCUUAUGUCGCACGCAAAUUACAACAGGAAGCCGAGAUCCCCAAAACACAGCGAAUAAAAAUCGCCUACCUAGGCAAAAUCCUCAAGGAACAUUUACCCCUAGUCGACCAAGGAUGGAAACAAGGCAAUGUGAUCAACGCAUUGGUUGUCGCACGGCCAUCCCCAUCAUGCUAG